AUGAAUAAACUCCUUUGGGAAAAAGCUGACGAAGAAGGUUUGGAAGAGCUUGGUCAAGAAAUUUUAAGAUCUAGUACCGAAGAUAUUAAUAAUCGCACACGUUUACUUGACAAUGAAAUGAAGUUGCUUGAUAUGGAUCCAAAUGAUGAGCCAGAAGAAGAUGGUGCAAAUAUAGAUCUUGAUGCACACCGUAAAGGAAAAUGUGCUGUGAUUAAGACAUCUACACGACAAACUAUUUUCUUGCCUUUGAUUGGUCUUGUUGAUCCUGCUACUAUCAAGCCAGGUGACUUGAUUGGUGUAAAUAAAGAUAGUUAUCUAGUAUUGGACACAUUACCAGCAGAGUAUGAUUCUCGUGUUAAAGCUAUGGAAGUUGAUGAGAAACCAACAGAAGAUUAUAAUGAUAUUGGUGGUCUUGAUAAACAAAUUGAAGAAUUGGUAGAAGCUAUAGUUUUACCAAUGACACAUGCAGAAAGAUUUAAAAAUUUGGGUGUUCUUAUGUAUGGUCCUCCUGGCACUGGUAAAACGUUGCUGGCAAGAGCUUGUGCAGCACAAACUAAUUCUACAUAUUUAAAAUUAGCUGAAAAAGCACCUGCUAUCAUUUUUAUUGAUGAAUUAGAUGCUAUAGGGACAAAAAGAUUUGAUAGUGAGAAAAGUGGUGAUCGUGAAGUACAAAGAACUAUGUUAGAAUUGUUAAAUCAACUUGAUGGUUUUAGCAGUGAUGAAAGAAUUAAGGUAAUUGCUGCUACAAAUCGUAUUGAUAUUUUGGAUCCUGCACUUUUACGAUCAGGUCGUCUUGAUCGUAAAAUAGAGUUCCCCUUACCAAAUGAAGAAGCCCGUGCUCGAAUUCUUCAAAUUCAUUCACGUAAAAUGACUGUCGGUAGUGAUGUAAAUUUUGAUGAAUUGGCACGUUGUUGUGAUGAAUUUAAUGGUGCUCAGUGUAAGGCUGUAUGUGUUGAAGCUGGUAUGUUGGCUUUAAGAAGAGGUGCUACUGAAUUGAGUCAUGAGGAUUUCAUGGAUGAAGUUAUGGCUAAAAAGAAAACUUCUUUACAAUAUUAUGCAUAA